AUGUGCUUCUCCAUAAUUGGGGUAACAACACCCCAUGCCAGGCAUCGAUCCAACUUGGCUGCAGGCUGCCACCGUGGUUGGAGGGUGAGGAACAUCGCUGGUCCAGCAGGAAGCCAGACUGACCUCACCUUCUUCAAUAACUCAGCCCAUGCAAGUGGAUUCGGGUGGCACUUGAAGCCGCCCCACGCCCCACCCACCUUGAAUGUCUUCCAAAACUUCACAGCUUUCCGAUGCUCCACGGGCAUGUUCUACUACGGCACUGGCAACAUCUUCCACGAUGAUCACAGGUUCAUUGAGUGUGGGACCGGCCAUUUCAUGAAUCACUUGAGCAAUGGACCACACACAGCUCCGUUCUAUCACAAUCUGGUAUUGGUGGGCAACAUUGCAGAAAACCCGACUUUCUCGAAGGGGGGAGUGGGCAUCAGGGGGCCCAAGGACAAUGAAUAUUUCUACGUCUCUGGAUUGACAGUGAUCAACUAUUUCACGUCAGCUCCUCUGCAUGGUUGCUUCGAGACGACCUGCACAAUGCGAUACGAACGCAUCCGAUGGUUCAAUUCUUCCAGACGUACAUUCAGCUAUGAUGGUCAGUCUGGCAUCUUCUGGGACAUGGAUGGAACCCUCACAGGCUACCCAAAUGGUUUCGUCUCUCUGAACUACGAGUACAACCAUUUCCCGGGAAUUUGCAGUGUUGUCGAUGAGCAUGUGAACGGAGUCAUGUGCGGUGCUUCGGAUGGUUCGGUGCGGAUGCGCCGGUUGCUAGUCAAUGAGCAACAGCCUUGGCAGCUGGACGGCAAGGACAUGAACGUUCAAACGUCCGCCGGAUUCGACCGUGUGAAGUAUGAUACGAAGAAGCUGAGUGGUUGGCCGGUAGUUAUAGUGGAGAACCAAACCUUUGACAUGCGUGUGGAUGAUCCGAACGAUUUCCAAGAGUUGGCCUUUACGUACUCCGUGCGCCCGUACGUGUUUGAGGCGCUGGGCUACAUCUACAACCAGACAACUCCCAUGGAUGAAGCCAUCAUUGUUCACGUGAAUUUCACGGACUGGCGGGAUCACUAUGAUGCCAGCGAUUCCAGAGCGCUCCUGCCUCAGGUGGUGCCCAGCUCGGGUCGGCUGGUACAGGGAGGUGCUGAUGCUGUCCGAUGUUUCUACAAAGAGCCUGGUGCCAUCAUUGUCAACUGCGCCCGGCGCACGGGCUCUGCGAGUGUGGAAGUAAGAGGUGAUGUGGAAAUCUAUUGGCUGCCAAUGACAGAGGCCAAUAUGCAAGAGGCAUGCAGCGGCUACUUGAAGGACUACGGGCAGACCUUGUUGGAUGCUUUGCAGAAGGGCAAAACCGUGGCAGUGCACUGCCAGGAAGGUGUCCACCGCUCCUUGGAGUUUGCCAAGCAGCUGCACUUACUGGCGACAUCGACUUCUGGUGACAAGGGGUCGGACGAGCCAGGCCCCCGUCUCGCCCCCCUGGCAGAAAUUGCCGAGGCUGGCGGAGAAUGCAGUGAUGACGACGGCAGCUGA